AUCGUAGUACCGUACGGUAUAUCCUUUGCUUUACUUGUAUAGUAUUGUUAUUGUUUUUAGCUCGACACACGACGUUUCGGGGAUUCAAGCGGCGCUGAGUCAACCAACAACAGGGCUGGCAUAGUCUACCAUUGGGGUUUGACAAGCAACAGCUCUCUUCACCCGACACAAACAUUUGUGCCUCCACCCCACUCCACUCCGCCGCCACUCUCCGCGUCUUCCCCUUCUCUCCACAUCCCAUCCCUCUUACAGAGAGACCCUCUACAACUGCUCCAUCUGUUUUAUUUGGCUCUUCACACUUGCCUUUGCAAUCCUAAACUAAUCAGAUACCCAUCAAUACUCCGAAUGUCGCUUUGCGUUAACCGGCUGCAAGAAGAGCGGUAUCCGCCUAUCCCCGUGGCGCUCGGUACUCUGAAAUGCAAACUGGGACUGACUUUGUGCCCUAUAGCAAGCAAUGGCGCAAAGAUCACCCCUUCGGCUUCUAUGCGAAGCCCGCAAAAACUCCUCAGGGCGGCCUUGAUCUGAUGAAAUGGAGCUGUGGAAUCCCUGGGAAGGAAAAAACCAUGUGGGAAGGAGGCUUGUUCAAGUUGGAUAUGAUAUUUCCCGAGGGUAAGCCAUUACCCACUGGCGUCACCAUAUGAAGUAAUCAACGCUAACAUAUGGGGCCUGAUUGUAGAGUACCCGACGAAGCCCCCGAAAUGUACUUUCAUCGCAACCCGUUCCCUGGUAUUUAUCACAACUGUUGGAAUCCACUAAUCAAUUCCACCUUGCAAUAGGCAAAUUCGUACCACCUCUCUUCCACCCCAACGUCUACCCGUCUGGUACCGUUUGCCUUAGCAUCCUGAACGAGGACGAAGACUGGAAGCCCGCCAUCACUAUUAAACAAAUUCUCCUCGGGAUUCAAGAUCUUCUCGAUGACCCAAACCCCGAGUCACCUGCACAGGCGGAUGCCUAUAAUUUGUUCAGGAAGGACCGUCCUGCAUAUGAGAAAAAGAUCAAGUAUAUCGUUCGAGUAAGCAUGCUGCCUACAUUUCUCUUUUAA